AUGACUGCGUUCGCCUUUCUCUGGUUGUUGGCUGUGGGAACGACAGCCAGCUACUUCAACCCUAUUCUUCCGGGCUUUCAUCCGGAUCCAAGCUGCAUAUAUGUCGAGGAUACAUUCUUUUGCGUGACAUCCACUUUCACUUGGUUUCCCGGAGUUCCCUUCUACGCCAGUAAGGACCUUCGCCACUGGGAGCUCAUAAGCAGCGUGCUUAACCGCCGAGAACAACUACCACAAUUCGCGGAUGCCCCAACCGGACAAGACGGUCUUUUUGCAUCAACGAUACGCCACCAUAAUGGUACGUUCUAUGUCACGACCACCUAUGUCUCGAUUGCUUCCUACAAGGAUUUCGUCAUGGAAAACUUGAUCUUCUCGACCAAGAACCCCUACAACGCUUCGUCGUGGAGCAUUCCGACCAGCGUCAACUUCACCGGCUACGACCCAUCACUGCUGUUCGAUGAUGACGGAACCGUCUACUUCACCGGGGCAGCUGCGCUCUCGACAGGAACCGCAAUCGCUUUAGCCAAUAUCGAUGUGGACACUGGUUCCCUCGGGCCCAUUACUUACCCGUGGAAUGGUACCGGUCUAGGCACCACCGAGGGGCCGCACGUGUACAAGAAGAACGGCUGGUACUACAUCCUCGUCGCCGAAGGAGGAACCCAAGAAAAGCACCGCGGAUCGAUUGCGAGAUCCCGGACCGUUGGCGGCCCGUACGAAAGCAACCCGGCAAACCCGAUCGUCAUCGCUGAGCACCUCAAUUCUUCGUACUUCCAGACCGUGGGGCACGUCGACCUCUUCCAAGAUGAGGAGACGGGCCUUUGGUGGGGAGUGGCUCUCGCGAUGCGAUCAGGGCCGGACUUCGUGUCAUAUCCGAUGGGCAGAGAGACCGUGUUGUUUCCUGUUUCGUGGACGGAUGAGGCCGGCGGGUGGCCUAGCCUGCUGGAACCUGUCAGGGGGCAGAUGGACGCAUCAUUGCCCGGCCAGAGCGGCAAUGCUAGCAGCAUACCUGGUACGGGAGAGGAGCCCGAUGUCGUGGACCUCGGUAUCGGUUCGGAGUUGCCAGCACAUUGGUUGCACAUUCGUUAUCCGGAGAGUGUUGCAUAUGUGAUUUCACCUCCUGGACACCCGAACGAAUUGCGACUCGGACUAUCGGCAAGAAACCUCUCCUCGAUAGUCACGAGCAACAGUACGAUGCCCAAAACGACUACAUUCUUGGGCCGUAGACAAACCGAUACGCUAUUCGAGUUCAGUGUUGACAUCAAAUUUCACCCAAAACGCCCAGCACACGAAGUCGGAGUCUCCGUUUAUCUGGACGAAAAGAGACACAUAGACUUCGCCAUCAUUUCGGGUGAUGAGGCAGCGGAGGGCAAACACUUGCGUCUCCGAUCAUUCAGCAACAAUGAAAAUGUGACCCUGCCGAACGACGCCAUGGUGCCGCUAGCUGGGAAUCUAGGAGCAGACGCUGCUGUGCGCUUACAAGUCAGGGCUGAAAACACCACGCAUUAUACGUUUCUCGUAGGACAGGUUGGUAGCGGAGGCCAGGAAGGCGACGUCGACAUGACAUUUGUAGGGCAUUCUUUGGCAAGCUUUGUGAGUGGCGGCUACACCGGCACCGUGGUCGGAGUCUACGGCACAACAAAUGGUGAGCUCACAGGAGACACGCCUGUAGCAUACGUCAGCCGAUUGAGGUACUAUGGUAAAGGGCAAUACGUUGAUCACAAUGUAUUCCUGUAA